AUCACACCUCAGUCGGAGGACUCGGGGACAGUUUUUACGAAUACCUGCUGAAGGCGUGGCUCAUGUCAGACAAGACGGAUACGGAGGCUCGGAAGACGUAUGACGACGCCAUCGAGGCCAUCGAACGCCACCUGAUACGCAAAUCCAACGGCGGUCUGACAUUCAUUGGUGAGUGGAAGAACGGCCACCUGGAGAGGAAGAUGGGCCACCUGGCGUGCUUCGCCGGCGGCAUGUUUGCGUUGGGCGCUGACGGUUCACCCGACGACAAGGCCGGGCACUACCUGCAGCUGGGGGCCGAGAUCGCGCACACCUGCCACGAGUCCUACGACAGGACGG